UAUAGGGAUAGUGACCUGAGAAGUGGAGGGGGCUGAGUUGGGGAGGGGCGUGUUUCUGUCUUGUAUAGCUGGGGAUGGGAGGAGGAGGAGGCUGAUGGAGAGGUGCCGUGGAAUGUGCUGCCGCUGGAGGAGAUGGGAGCACUUGAAGGAUCCUGGGGGUCAUUAACCUCUCCUCCUCCUCCUCGGGGGCCUUCCCCUGCAGACUCAGUCAGCUGCGAAGGCCGGACCCUGCUCAAGAGUUUUGUGGCGGCUUCAGCUCAAAGGGGUGACUCUGUUCACGUUUUGAGCUUCGAUGUCUCCGAAGACCAAUUCAAGGCUGGACUCAGCACCGAACUGACCUCCCUGAUCUUGUUCCACGAUGCUUUCCGAGAUCCGCUGGGCUGGGCCGGGGAGGAGAGCGUCUUGACCCUGGGAGACUUCUCCGCCUCUGAGCUGGCAGCCCGCCUGGCUCCAGCCACACAGGGACCUGCCACGGUUGUGCUGGACUCGCUCAGCUGGCUCCUGCUUCGCUUGCCGUUUCCCAGCGUCUGCCAGGCUCUUGUGCAGCUGCCCAGGAGGGCGAGUGCUGCUGGCGUGAGGAUCACCAGACUGCUAGCCCUCCUCCACAGAGACUUGCACCCACAUGGAGAGCUUGAAACCCUGCAUUCCUUGGCCGGUGUUGUGGUGAUGCUGGAGCUGGCCCCGGAAACCAUGCCAAGAGGGGAUGGAGUUCCCCAAACUGCAGUGAUGUUGCACAGGAAGAGGAGAGGCCAAGUGGUCCGAAAGAAAGAAUACUUUGUGGUCCUCCCAAGUUUAGACCUGAAACCCCUCCAUGAGCCAUCACGGGAUGCUGUUUCCAUAAAGGAGGGUCCUGAGGAUUGCAAAGUCUCCACUGCGGCUGACCCAACUGCCAAUCUGACCUUUAACCUGCGCCUCUCAGAGGCUGAGCGCCAAGCAAAGGAGUCCGUGCCUCUCCCAUAUCACUUCAGCGAGGAAAAGAAAUCAUCACUGCUGCAGACACCAGCAGGGGUGAGCAAGGUCUAUUAUGAACCGGAUGCCUCGGAUGAUGUAGACGAGGAAGAUCCGGAUGAUGACCUGGAUGUAUGAGGGUCAGCAGUCUGAGCUGGGCUGCUCCCAGAGGAGACCCUUUGGCCAACUGGAAGGUUGCUGGAUUUACCGCAGAGGAGAUGCUGGAGAACAGCAGGAAGUGGAGCAGGCCUGUCUCUCCUCGGAGCAGCCACCUUGGCUGGCAUUGCCUGCCAGCACACGUGCUUUGGGUGGACUUUCUCAGAGUGGAAGCACAGUCUGGGGACACAGUUUCACAGCAAACUGGAGAGAGUUCUCCCUGCAGACAAAGACUUUCCAAUGCAGACAUGCUGGUUUUUUGAAAGUUUUUUUUUAAAAAAAAUAAAAUAAAAAGUAAAAUAGACAA